AGCCUCUGUCCGUGUUGCGCGCCCCCGCGCUCUGCUGGCAGAGGUUGUUCUUGCGCGCGCGGCUGAGGGUGCAGAGCCACGGCUCGUCAGCGGAGCGACGAAUCUUCCAUCAUCAGCGACACCGAGAGACGCGGACCGUCCGGGAGCAGAGAGGAUGAAGGGAACAGCUUUCCUGCUGGUGUUUGCCAUUGUCCUGAGUUUCUGCCAGGCUCAGUCGGAGUCUGGAGGUGAGGAGGUGGGUCUGGAGGAGGAACAUGUGGAUCUCUUCACAACACCGACGACAAAGAUGGGCGCCGCCACCUCGGACUUCGGCUACAACCUUUUCCGAGCUCUGGCGGGACGUGAAACCUCGGCCAACAUCUUCCUGUCUCCGAUCAGUGUGUCUGAAGCUCUGAGCCAGCUGUCCCUGGGAGGAUCUGAGCGUGCCCAGAGCCAGCUGUACAGAGCCCUGAGAUACCACACCCUGCAGGAUCCUCAGCUUCACACCACCCUGAAGACCAUGCUGUCCUCUGUGAAAGCAUCAGGGAAGGGGCUUAGUACCGCUGCACGUCUCUACAUAGCACGACGACUUCGUCUGAAGCAGGACUUCUUCGGGUUGGUGGAGCAACAGUACGGAGUUCGUCCUACAGCCUUAACGGGAGGAUCCAAAGAUGUUAAAGAAAUCAACGACUGGGUGUCUCAGCAGACAGGAAGGAAGGUUCAGCAGUUCCUGACAAAGCCCCUACCCCGAGUUGUCGGUGUGAACGUUGUGAGCGCAUCCUACUUUAAAGGGAAGUGGGCAACUCGCUUCAGUCAGAGUGGAGCUCAGGACAACUUCCAGGUGGAGGGCGGGGCACCUACUCGCAUUCCCAUGAUGCAACAGGAUAAUUACCCUGUGAAGAUGGGAGUCGACUCAGACUUGAGCUGCACGAUCGCUCAGAUCCAAAUGGAGAACGAUGUCAGCAUGUUCGUCUUCUUGCCCGAUGAAGUUGUGUCCAACAUGACGCUGCUGGAGGAAAGUCUGACUGCAGAGUUUGUCCAGGACCUUUCCAUGACGCUCCUACCUGCCCGGGUGCAGCUCACUCUGCCUGUCCUGAGCCUCAGUUAUGCCACAGACCUUCUGCCGCUACUCGGAGACCUCGGUCUCUCCGAGUGGCUGGAGAACCCAGACCUGGAGAAGCUCUCGGCUCAGCCCACCAAGCUCACCAGCAUCAAACACAAGGUUGUCAUGGAGACAGCGCCUGAGGGGAACCAGUACCCUAGCACCACCUCAACGCCCAGCCACCUGACAUUCCGGGUGGACCAUCCCUUUCUCUACCUGAUCCGAGACGAAGCCUCGGGGGCGCUGCUCUUCAUCGGCAGGGUGGUCAACCCCAAAGACCUGAAAAUUUAACACACACACAUUUACAUACUCUUAGCAGGUCCUAGGAGGGAUUUCAGGUGUUUGAAUUUCUGAAGGCAGAUGUUUGAGAGGAUAUUUGAUCGUUACUUUUCAUGUUGAAACAGCUUAAUCUGACAGGAAACAUUUAAAACACUCUGACUCACUAACAGAUUGUUUUGUAAGGAAUCCAAUAUUGUCAGCUGUGUUAAAAAGAAUAAAUAUGACAGUGAA